AUGGCGGGUUGGCCGGCCAAGUGGGUGUGCGUGGUGUGGGCGUGCCUCGUCAGCGUGACGAGGGCCUUCUGUCCCACUGUCUGUAACUGCGACGACACGGUGCCCAGCGCCCGCUGCGUGGGCGUGGGCAUCAACGUGGUGCCCAUCCUCUUCAACCCGGGGCUGCGGCGCCUCAACCUCGCGCACAACAUCAUCAGCUCCGUGGCGCAGGCGCUCGUGUUCUUCGACCGCCUGGAGGAGCUGGACCUGUCGCACAAUGUCCUCACCUCGCUGGGCGUCAGCAACCUGGAGGCGCAGUCGCAGCUGCAGGAGCUCCGCCUCGCGCACAACAACCUGACCCACCUGAAGCCCGGGGCCUUCAAGGGCCUCGCGUCCCUCACGCUGCUCGACCUCAGCCACAACGGCAUGCCGGACCUCCCCGCGGGCGUGCUGGCGGACAUGCCGCUGCUGACGGUGCUGCUCCUCGCCCACAACAAGCUGCACUCGCUCACCCAGAACACCUUCCGCGGCCUGCGCAGCCUCCACGUCCUCGACCUGUGCGAUAACUACUUCCGGCACGUGCCCUCCGCGGCGCUGGGGCACCUCCAGACGCUCAAGUCUCUUCACCUCUGCCGGAACCGCCUCACGCGCCUCGACGUCGACACCUUCAACACGGAGGGCCUGACCUCCCUGUCGCUCGACACCAACAACAUCGACCACAUCGCCGACACCGCCUUCCACCGCGUGCAGCGCCUGCAGAAGCUGAACCUCAGCGACAACCUCCUCCGCGACGUGCCCGUGACGGCGCUGGCCUCGCUCGCCAUGCUCGACUCGCUGAUCCUGAGCAAGAACAACUUCACGGCGCUCGGGGAGGGCGCCUUCCGCAGCCUCAGCCGCCUGGUGACGCUCGAGGUGUCCCGCUGCCCGCGCCUGGCCGCCCUGCACCCCGCGGCCCUCGACGGCUGCGUCAGCCUCCAGAGUCUGACCGUCUCCCACAACCCCUACAUCCAGCAUCUUCCAGUGAGACUCCUCAGCGCGCUACCUCGCCUCCACACCCUCGACCUCCGCGCCAACAGCCUCCGCAGCGUGUCGGAGGCCAGCAUGCCGUGGGGCUCCCUGGCCCGCCUCGACCUCCGGGACAACCCGCUGGUGUGCAACUGCUCCAUCCGGUGGCUGGCGGCGCUGCUGAGGGCCUCCAACACCUCCCUCGCCGCGCCCGACCUCCAGUGCGCGGCGCCGGAGAAGCUCAAGGGCCUCUACCUCUCCAGGUACUGCUCGCGGCCCCUGUGCUCUCCCUCCGCCUCGAGUCUGAAUUCUCACGAAGUCCCUCAGUAUAGAUUCACGCCAUUUUGCUCUAUUCCGAGGCUAAAAAAUCCUCUAGAGUUCCAGCGCAACUAUACAAUUUACUCGCGUCUCACAGGUCGGACGGAGCUCUGGUGUGAAGAGAAUGUGGAACGCCAAUGUCCUAUCAUGGACGUGGACUCCAGAAGGUGUAAAGUUAGACAGGAAGAGUUCGAAUUCGCAUCACAGGGCCAGAUAAUAGUAGUAGUAGUAGUAGUAGUAGUAGCAAUAAUAAUAAUAAUAAUAAUAAUAACUGAUAAUGAUAAGAGACGAGGGUUGAGCCCGAGUGAGCUGCUGUGCCUAGACCAAGUGCAGGUCGUGGUAGGAAUAGUGAUCGUGACAGUAUCGACGGUCCUUCUGGUCGCCCUCUCCGUCCUGCUUUGUCGGUACAAGCGGCGUCACCAGCGGGACAAGCUCGGGCGCGGCUGGCCCCCCGGCCCCCUGGCCCCGUGGCCCCCCGAUGAGCACUCUGCCCCCACCAGGCACAUCAUGGCUGACGAAUACGUGUACCACACCUACUCCUCCGUCAGGAAGAUCCCCGUCACCAAAUGCUGGAUUCAAGGCAGCGUCGUGGGUGGCGUCGGCUGCCCACCCCCACCCCCUACACCCCCAGUGGACUUCGCGUCGGUCCUGGCAGCUGCACGUCAACCAGCUGUCAACAUUCCCUUUUCCACCUGA